AGCUGUCGCGCGCUCACCAAGUCAAACAACGUACCUAACGCUGGACAAGAACAUUCGAGCUUGUUCUUCCCUAAAGAGCGCCCUGUUUGUUACGUCUCCAUACGUAGCCACGUCGGGAGGGAGGGCCACCUGCGCCGGCUGAGGAAAGUCUCUGCUCCCGCUGUUGCUGCGCCUCACUCGGCGUCUGUCGCCGUCCGCAGCCCGCUGAAGUCCAGCCGGAAACACUCGUCCUCGACUUGAGGUUUUCUCCACUGCAGCCUGGAAGUCUGCUUGCGUGACUGUGUGUGUGUGUGACCCAGGGUGUGUGUGUGUUUGUGUAGGAGUGUUGUUUGAGGGAGCAUGUGUGUAUAAAUGCCUGUGCAUGUGUUUACUCUCCGGUCAGAGAGUGUGUGUCCCAAGAGGCGCUCGACUGAAAUGAAGGGAGCUGGAUCAUCAGCGCUGCAGCUCCUGCUGCUCACCGCCUGCCUGCAUACGGCAGCCGGUCAACCGUUCAGAUCACCGCCGGAUCUGGAUGUGACACCCCGCCUGACAGUGUUGUCCAACAGUCUGCAGAGCUGCAGGCGUUUCGAGUCCUCAGCAGUCGACUACAGCACCAUGCUGCUGGAGCCUGACGGCCAGCGGCUCUACAUCGGGGCCAGGGGCGUCGUGUUUGCACUCAGUGCCGCUGACAUCUCAGCCGGUCCCGCGCUCAACAUCACAUGGAGGACGUCAGUCUCUCAGAAAGACCUUUGUUUGAUCAAGGGCAGGGACGCCGUGACGGAGUGUUUCAAUCACAUCCGCUUCCUUCAGAGGUUCAACUCCACUCACCUCUACAUGUGUGGGACCAAUGCCUUCAGUCCUCAGUGUGCAUAUAUAAGCGAGGCAGAGUUUAUGAUGACGUCCAUUGCAGACGGAAGGGACAGGAGUCCUUAUGGACCAAACACUGGCUACACUGGUCUCCUGGUUGAUGGCCAGAUAUACACGGCAACACAGUAUGAGUUUAGAAGCUUCCCAGACCUCAGACGCAACUCAUACCCCAUACUGAGGACGGAAGAAGCACCCACACGUUGGCUUAAUGAGGCUGACUUUGUGGGCUCGGCCCUGGUGAAGGAAAGCGUUGGCAGCGCUACAGGUGACGAUGACAAAAUAUACUUCUUCUUCACCGAGAGGAGUGAAGAGCAGACCUCCACCUCCAGUCAUAAAUGGGUAGCACGAGUUGCUCGGGUCUGCAAGGGUGAUAAAGGAGGGCGCUUGACCCUCCAGAAGCGUUGGACAUCCUUCCUCAAAGCCAGACUAACCUGCUCGCUGCCGGAGUAUGGUUUCCAGUUCAACAUGUUGCGCAGCGUGUUCGUCGUGAGCGGCCCGCAACCACAGAACACAACGUUUUAUGGAGUCUUUGGCCUGGAGUGGAAGAAAGUCAAGGCGUCUGCGGUGUGUCGCUUCUCCCUAUCUGACGUACAAGAUGCCUUUCAAGGACCUUACAUGGAGAGCCAGGAUUCGGGCUCUAAGUGGAAGGAGUACACUGGAAAGAUCCCUGACCCAAGACCUGGAACGUGUAUAACCAACGCUCUGAGACUCAGAGGCAUCAACGAGUCCACCUCUCUGCCAGACGACGUGCUGGACUUUGUCAGGCGACACCCGCUGAUGUCCCGGGAGAUCCAGCCAUUAGACAAACGCCCUUUGCUAUUUACAAGAUCCACCGAAUACACCAAGAUGGCUGUGACCACUGUGCAGGGCCUCGAUGGACAGUCAUAUACAGUGAUAUACAUGGGGACAGAUGGAGGUUGGCUGCACAAAGCCGUUGAAGUGGGUGGUCAACUUCACAUCAUUGAGGAGGUGCAACUGUUUGAAGAAGCCCAAGCGGUAAACAACCUGCAGAUCUCAGACAAACAGGCGAGCGUGUACGUCAGCUCUCGCUCGAGCGUCGUCCAGCUUCCCCUCUCCACCUGCAACAGAUACACGUCCUGCUACGACUGCAUUUUCUCCAGAGACCCUUACUGCGGCUGGAACGGAGCGGCGUGUGUGGACGUCCUGGCGCAGGCCGACAGAUCAAACUUGAUUCAAGACGUCCAGCUCGGCAGCAGAGGAUGUGAAAACGCUACAAGAGCUGUUAAUACGCACACUCGCUCGGUGAAGGUUGGGGAUGACGUCCUGCUUCAGUGUGAGCUCAGCUCCAACCUGGCUACCUCCCUGUGGACACUGGAGGGGCGUGAGCUCCAAGGCUACGGCCUCGACUCCGGCUUCCGGAUCGGCACAGAUGGCCUGCUCAUUAUUGAGGCCCGGCAGGACCAGAGUGGACAGUACAUCUGCUACGCCGUGGAGAAUAACAUCAGGGUCGCCAUCAGAGCUUAUAACAUCUCGGUUCAUUUGGAUUUGCCUCCUCUUCGCCCCCCUCCUCCUCCUCAUCACCCCUCACAAGUCUCUGUGAAUACUGAUGAGCCCGAUGUUAACGUCACCGCUGCGUCUCAAGCAACUGAAGCCCCAAAUGCUGGGAUGCCUGUGCCUUCAGUCCCCGUUCCUCAAGGUCUGCAGUCCAACAAGAACAAGGAGGCCAUCUAUCUGUCCUUCAUCAUCGUCCUGGGUACACUUUGUAUCGUGCUCACCGUGGUCCUUCUUUACGUGAGUUUCUGUCUGCGUGGGGACAACAACGGGAAGUACUCCAUCCGCAUGGCGGCUGCCGCUUACCCGAGCAGUAAGAGCCUCAAGAAGAACAAGAAAAAACAGAGGAGCUCAGCUCACCUGGAGCUGAAGACCAUUUCCAGUCACUGUAACGGGAACGGACUCCAUAACGGUGUUUCCAAGCAGCUGAAUGGCGACAUCCAUGACGAAGUCUUUCUUCAAAUUGUCCCAGGAGAAGCUCACUCCACAUCUAACGGAGGGCCUCUCCCCCCGGCCCCUCCACUCCCACCCACGCCUCAGCUUCCCUCCUCUCCUUGUGACUUCCCAAACGGGCUGUCAGCGACGCUGCCCAGCGUGCUGCGCAGGAUCAACGGCAACAGCUACGUGCUGCUGAGACAGAGCGAGUCUGAGAGCCCGUCGUCCCCGAAUUACUCUUUCGCAGAGGAGCUCAACAAGAUUUUAGAGAAGCGGAAACAUACUCAGCUGAUUCUGCCGAGGCCAGAUGAGAGCUCAGUUUAACUCGAUAGCUCCCCCUGUGGUGGGAGGACUGUGGUGCGCUUCCCCAAAGUACCUCCUGCAAGGCUUAUUCUGGGAGAUCCAUGCAUCUACCUCAUCUGCAGUCGAGCCCGAGUGUUUGAUCCAAGAAGUGCUCAGAUCGACAAACCAUGACGCCUUCUGACUUUGACAAGAGGAGGAACCCCUUUGGAAUAAUCUGAAGAUUGUCGCUGCUUAACUUUCAUUUUUGGCUGGACACGGACCUGAGUGCCAGUGUUUUGUUUUUAAAAUUUGAAUUUCACACUUUCAGACCUGCACUAACUGAAACAAGACUUUAAUGUUCGAACUUGGCACUAAUAAGCAAAUGGAUUUUAACAAACUCACCAAGUAACGGGGGUUGUUGUUGGAUCUUGUUUUUAGAUGAUGCAGCUUGGCAUGUAUUACAGUGAAAAUUUAUUCAUGGAUUCACAAUUGAAAUAAUCAUUCACAUUUUAUUUGUUUGAAUGACACGCUGUAAUUUAGCUGUGCAAGUGGUAUUAUUUAUAACACGUUUUGUUUAAAGUUCGAAUGGAAUUCGAUGUGAAACAUAGGCAGUAUUUUGUAUUUAGAAGCAAAUAUGGCCGUCCAAGAGGAGCUUUUGGUUUCAUAUGUUCUAGGAAAGCAUAGCUUGGUGGCCACUUGCUCUGAGCGGAAGAGAGGUCUUGGAUGCCAACAUAAUCUGAGGUGAGCUAUGAGCGUCUCAUCUCAUAAACCAUCUGCACAUUUUGUUUUUUCAUCAUAUAUAGGCUGUUUAAAUAAAACCUGUGAAUGCAGAGGGAGGCAGGUAGAACAUUGAAGAAGUAGGAAGGGGAUGUUGCGAUUAAUGGAGGUGAAGAAGAGAAUGCAGGCUGCAUGGAAAAGGUGGAGGUCAGCUGGCUUCAUCGGAUAGCAGUGAGUGGAGAGGCAGGACAUGUUGGACUAAAAAUUGUUCAUGGAUGUGGUGAAUGAGGACCGGUGGAGGAUUUAGUGUGGCAUAAGAAGAAAACUGACAGUGUCCUGAUGUAGCAGAGAAAACAUAUCUGACUCUGCUGCUUCUGCUUCUCUCUGUUCGCAGGUCCGUAGCGCACUGUUCGACAGAAAUCUCAUAAUUUGUCUCCCGUCCAGCAGCUUGAAAGCAUGCUUGUAAUUGAACCGAUGACAUGGACCUGACAGCAGAAGCAGAAGAGCUGCAGCGUGAGUCUGCACAGACACUCCUGCAUUACUUUCCCACAGUGGGAUUCAAUGGCUGAAUCAGUCGCAGCGGCGUUUUAUUGGGUUUCACGUGGGCCUGUAGUUGCCAAAUAGUUUCUCUCUUGAUGCAUGACUUGUGUUAGUUUCUAUUUAGGAAGUUUGAGUCUAUUUUGUCCAAUGUGUAAAUGUAGCUUAACACAACUGCUGGAGGCGGAACCCUGGAGCUGAACACAUGACUAUUUAAUGAAGAAAACACUUGCCUUAUUUGUCAUUUACCCAUUUACUACUCACGUUUACUUCAAGUCUGUGUUCAGCUCAAGUUCACUCACGGCCACUAACUGGGUUUCCUGUUUCACAUUUCAUCGACAAUAAACGUUGCACUUUG